GUUAGUUUGCAUAAAUGUAAUAAGUGGAACUAUGUCGAGUUGCGCUGAAGGAGUGAACGUUUUAGACAAAAUGAUCCACAUUACACUUUUAUUUUCGAACAUUCUUCGUUAUAUUUAUUUGCACUCUUCCCAUAAACAUAUAGAGUGAUGGAGGACACCGACAACGACUCGUCUCGGAGUUCUACUCGAGAGCCUAGCCCUUCAUACUUUAACGAUGAGGAGAGUUUGAGAACAGCUGUAAGCGACGAAGAUUGUGAAGAGGAAAAUCGUAAUACUAGUUCCAGUUCGUCCGAUGCGGAUACUGAAGAAUUCUACCGAAAUCAUCCCUGUGCUACCAAUGAGCCAUGGUACAUUCAUCAUUCUCAUUUGGUGGAUCAAACUAAUGAUGCAAAAGAUGAACAUGAUGAUAUUUCAGAUGAUGAUUGUAAUUCGACUGUUGCUGAUUGUAAUGAUGAACCAUUUAUACCGCCAUCAGAACGUGCUGAUGCUCCUUUGGCAGGGAUUCUGCAGAAUCCUGAACUUGAUAAAGUCAAUCCAAGGCGAUUUUUCCCAGAAUACUCACCCAACAAAGUCUUACGAUUUUCCCGUCUUUUCGGAGCUAACAUCAAAUCUUCAUCGAAAACAAGAAUUUGGUGGCCAUCAAAAACUUUUCGAGCAAACAGCCCCAAGCAAGAGGAAGAUGAAGAGGCGAUAGGAGCAGUAAGCGUAGAAGAGCCGCAGGUAUUCAGAAAGCCUAUAGAACUCACGGAAACAUCGCAGUUUAUUGAAACUUACGGUCCGAAGUUAAUAUUUGGAGAUCCCCCUGCUCCAGAGGAUUGUCUUGUGGAUGAUGAAGUUCUUUUAAAAAGACCUUCAAUUUCGACUGUAUCGGCUAGAAAUGGUAAUGAUGAUGGCGACGUGAAUGAUAUAUCGCCGUGGAGAUUCGGUCCCGCGCGUAUUUGGUAUGAUUCAAUGAAUGUUUUGUCUAAUCCAUCUCAUUUCGAUUACGGGUUCAAACUGAAACGUGAGCAGUCGUUGCGAAAAAAAUGUAUCAUGAAGGAUGAGAAGAAUGAUAAAAGUGAAGAUGAAGUGAUCGAGGAAGACAUAGGUCCUGGAUUGGCAGCGAGUGAACCAUUCUCUCCUGAAACAUUCCUUCCUGUAAAUUUGAUUCGGUGGGAAGAUGACAUAAUACUCGAUGAAGAACAGGCUAGACAACAGAUUUUGAAAGGUUUGGCUUCUCAACCACCCGACAAAUUGCCUGAAUGUGGUUGGAUACCCACACAGCAAACGAGAAAUUACGAAUCUUUUAUAACAGCUUUUAAAACGCGUGCAUUUGAACAAAUGUUCUCGAAACCAGGCACACUUCCUUCAUUAAAUAGUGUGAAUUUGGAUUUUCCAAAAGAACCAACUCCCUCUCAUUCUCUUUUUCCUAUGGAAAACUAUGAUUUACUUUAUACAAGAUGGGAAGAUGACAUUAUAUGGGAUUCAGAAAAUAUGGAUCAUAUACCAGAGCCGAAACUCCUUACUCUUGAUUACUCAGACGACCCAAAAUUGUUUGGUAUGCCAGAAGACAAAGCGACUGAGGAUAAGAUUCAGGAUGGUGAAUUACCAAAUCCACCAAAACCGUUCGAUCGGAAGGAGCAUCAAUUCACAAAGAAAUCCAAAAUGAUUCUUGGUCAAGUGCAACAACGACAGAAGCAAGAAGAAGAUGAACAAAUGGAGAGUUCAAUCGCUCAGCUGACUGACAAAGAUCCAUUUAACCUUAGCAAUGAUGAUUAUUACAGACCUAAAAAUGUUGAAAGGACAGUCAGUUCCGUUUCUGGUAGUUCACUUAUUCAGCACUCACUACCUGCGCAGAAUAUACAUCGGACGUUUUUCCCGACGCAUUUGAAUCCAUUUAAAUUGCGGCAUUAUCAUCGUUUACCUUUGUCUAAGCGGAUCUUGCGAACAACAGGCACCCGCCUCGUGUCUGUUAAAACAUUAACCAAACUAAUCAAAGAAAAAGAAGAAUUUCGUGAAAAACAGAAGGCAGCAGAAGGAGGAGGUGAGAUUUUUUUUAUGCGCGAAGUGCAAGAUCUGUCGGGUAAGGAUAGCACUCUCUUAUUGAUGGAAUAUUCUGAAGAGCAUCCACCAUUGCUCAAUCAGCCCGGGAUGGCCAGUAAAAUCAGGAAUUAUUACAAACGGAAAGUUGGAAAAGAGACAGAUCCAGAAUAUGAAUUUGGUGAAACCGCUUUCACACACACUUCUCCAUUCUUGGGUUCUCUUGCACCAGGCCAAGGUUUGCAGUCGUUGGAGAACAAUUUGUAUCGUGCUCCCAUUUACAAACAUUCAUCGAAUCCAAAUGAUUUUCUUCUUAUCCGUACAAAACAAGGAUAUUUUAUCCGUCACUGCCCGACCUUAUUUCUUGUUGGUCAGGAGUGUCCAUUGUAUGAAGUACCAAGUCCGAAUUCGAAGCGAGCAACAGUUUUUGUCCGGGACUUUUUGCUGGCUUAUAUUUAUCGACUUUUCUGGGCCAGUGGUCAAAAUCCUAGAAGAUUAAAAAUGGAGGACAUCAAAGAAGCAUUUCCUCAUUACGCUGAAAGUUCGGUGCGCAAAAGGUUAAAACAGUGCUCAGAUUUCAAGCGAUUGGGACAAGGUCCUGACCAAAACUACUGGGUUUUACGAAGUGAUUUUCGAUUACCGAGUAAAGAAGAAGUACUUGCAAUGGUAACGCCGGAAAUGUGUUGUGCGCAGUAUAGCAUGCUAGCGGCUGAACAGCGCUUGAAAGACGCUGGUUAUGGAGAGAAGUAUUUCUUCACUCCGGAAAAUGAAGAUGAUUCUGAUGACCAAGUUACCAUCGAGGAUGAGAUAAAAUGUGCUCCGUGGAAUACGACACGGGCUUACAUAUCAUCAAUGAAAGGCAAAUGUUUGUUGGAUCAAACGGGUAUAGCUGAUCCAACCGGAUGUGGUGAAGGUUUUUCAUAUGUUCGUGUCAGUGCUAAACCACAGAAAGCUAAAGAGGAAGUGACAAAUGUCCCGAAACGAUUGGUAACUGGAACAAAUGCCGAUCUUAGAAAGUUACCACUGAAAGAAGCAAAGGAAAUAUGUCGAGAUUAUGGUGUCAGGGAGGAAGAGAUUAAUUCGUUAAGUCGAUGGGAAAUAAUUGAUGUCAUUCGAACAUUGUCUACACAAGCCGCUAAAGCAAGAUCAGAUUUCUCCGGUAUGGCUCGUUUUGCUCGUGGAAAUAUCAGGUUUAACUUCGCAGAUAUGCAAGAAAAAUACAAAAAAUUCUGUCAGAGAACAUUUGAUUUGCAAAAUCAGACAUUGUCGAAUACAGAUAUUUUAAGUACGGAUGAAGGAAGCAGUGGGGAGGAUUCAGAUAAUGAAGAACUUGCAACGAAGCUUGAGAGCAUGCUAGAUGUUAAUAAAGGCAAGUCAUUCACACUUGAUAAAAAAAAGUUGGAGUUCGAACAAGAGGAAAAGGAACGAAAGGCGCUGCAAAAAAUGCUUUGUAAUGAUGAGCCUACAGGGUCCUCUACAACUAAGCAUGAAAAAGAAAGUGAUAUAAAAGAUAAGGAGUUGAAUGCAACAACGGUAUUCAGCGAAAUGCAAAAUUCUCAGAUGUCAACGCCUUCUGUAACAAGAAAACUUAAAAUAUAUCGUACUUAUCGAGCUGAGGAUGGCACAGAAACAACUCGAGUUGAAGUAAUUACACGCCAACAGCUGAUCGACGCGUAUGUCCGUAUACGUACAAGAUGUGAUGAAACGUUCAUUCGAGUAUAUGCGCAAAUGGAUGAGCAGUUUAAGGAAGAAAGAAGAAAAGAAAAACGACGAUUACAAGAUCAGUUGCGCAGAAUUAGACGUAACGAGCUCAAAGCUAAGCUUCAUGGUGUACCCAUUGGACAACCUAUUACCAAGACGAAAGUAAUGGAGAAGAAGCCACCAGUUAUAAAACCAAAUCUGUUGAAAAUGAGAUGCAGUGCUUGUCAUGGUACGGGACACAUGAAAACCAACAAAAAUUGUCCAUUAUAUGGUAAAGAUCCGGCGAAAACCAUCAAAACCGUUGGCGAUAUCCAUCCGGUAGCUUUGACGGAUGAACAACUUGAGAAGAUGGCCGUUCCAUCUGGAGAACUGAUUGCAGUUGAAGGCACAAAAUUGAAAAUAUCAAGAAAAUUGUACAGUCAUGCAGAAAUGAUCAAGAAAAAUGCGCUUAGGCUUCAUAUACCUCGUGAACUAAUAGAAGGUGAUAAAAAACUAGCAGCAGAAAGAGACAAGCGAUCAUCAUUGACUCCAGCUGAACCAGAAGAAAGUAUGGUACAUGGGAACGACGAUCAUGAUGAUACUGAUCCAGACGACGAUAUACAAAUCCUAGGAAUUCCUGAACCACCUAAAACAAGCAAAGCUCGGUUAACUACAGCUGGUUCAAGUAAGCGCCGACAUACUGCUGAAAUGGAAGAUUACCUGUACGGCCCACAAAAAACCGUUAAACGGAUAAGAGCUGAUCCAAAAGUAUCGAUGUCGAUUGUUUUGAGCGAAAUAUUUAACGAUGUUCGCAGUGUCUUCGGUUGUGAAGAAAUUAUGUUUCCAGUUAAUCCAAAAAAAGUCCCCGAUUAUUACAACAUUAUAAAGGAACCAAUGGAUCUGCAACAGAUCAAGAAGAAAAUUUCUGAGAAUAAAUACGAAUUGAGACGGCAGUUUCUGUAUGAUAUCAAGCUGAUAAUGGAUAAUUCAAUUCUUUAUAAUGGUGGUGGCCACCCUAUCACAAUUACUGCAAAAAAUGUAUUUGAAAUGGCAUCCAGACAUGUUGCUGAACGCGAACAGAAAUUGAUUGCUUUGGAGAAAGCAAUUAACCCCUUGCUCGAUGAUAAUGAUAUCAUUGGUUUCUCAUUUAUACUGAAUGAAAUUGUACAGGAGUGUAAAAAUAUACCUAAAAGCGUUGCAUUCCAUUUUAAAGUUGACCCAAAGAAGCUGCCUCAAUAUUAUGAAAAAAUACAUCAACCGAUGGAUUUGGGUACCAUGCAGCAAAAUAUUAAGGAGCAUCGUUACACCACUGUCGAAGCAUUCCGAAAUGAUAUUAAACAGAUCAGACGGAACAGUGAACUGUAUAACGGACCCCCAGAAACAUCACAGUACACAUCGAAAGCUGUUGAAAUAUGUACACUGGCCGAAAAGAUGCUUGAGGAACGAAAGGAACAGUUAGCGGAACUAGAGAUGAAUAUACAGUCAACAUUAAACGAACACGUAGAUCUCGAAUCAAAUGCAGCGAGUACUAUAUGCACUGAAGAAGUAGAGGAACCAUCUCCGGGUUCAAGACCUGAUGAAUCUGAAUUAAGACUGAAUGAAAAUAUAGUCAAAAUGGAACCAGAUGAUGAUGAAGAGAUGACACCAAUGGGUAAUCUGCAGGAUGAUCUUGCUUUAAGUGGUGAUGAUGACCUAGAUGACGAAGAUCAGGAUUUAGGCAGCAGUUGUGAUGCAACAGGUGAAGUUAAUAACCAGUGUGAUGUGGAGAAUGAUUUGCUACAAUCUCGAAUGCAUACUUCUGGUCAGCUGAACGCAGAUCUAGCACUGAGCGAUACUGAUGAGGAUGAAGAUGAGCAGUUUUUGGAGGCAAAAAGACCAAAGCUAGAAGAUCUUACUACGCUUUGAUUACGUCACGGGGAUAAUUUUUUAAGACGAGAGCAAAAAGACUCAUCCCUAUCUUAAAGUUGUUCACAAUAUCCAGCAGAAUGAAUUCGUUGGUUGUUCUGACCCCGCGAAUUUAUAUUAUGGGUUUUGUUUCUGAUUAUAUUUGGUGCUGUUCUCUUUUUUUUUUGUAACAGUAGAAUUACUUUGAUUACUGGUGUAUAGUUAUGCUGUUCUGCAGUAAUUUUGUUCGCAGGUCCUUCUGUUUCUUGGAAAAGAGUUUUGCAACAAAAGUUUACAGCAUCCCGUUGUUCAAAGAACAUUGUAUCUCCUUGUUUGUAGUUUGAAUUUCCUGAUCAGAGUGGGCAGUGACAAUGAAUCCCAGGGUUCUGCAUCAAUCAUGUCACAAAUUGGUUGUGAAGUAUUAUAUUAUUGUAUAUUCACUGUUGUAACAACAGUUAAGGCGAUGUUUUUUGUCGG